UUGACAUUCAGAACACCUACUUAUAGUUGGCAAUAGUUAAAAGUUGUUUUAAAUGUCAAAAUAUGAAAACGAUAAACUGUUGCAAAUAAUGUGAUUCUGAUUGAUUUUUUACUUUAAACAAAUAUGAAUCUUCGACAUUUUUAAUAUUCAAUCACGAAAAACCGACUGUAACCAAAUAAAACCCGUCUUUUCUAAACUUGUUCGGAACAUAUGGGAUUGUGUUGGUGCCAAAUAAAAUGUUUAAUGCAAUUAAAAGAUUAACAACUAAAAAUGACUCUUCAAACAGCCCUUCCUCGGUGGUUUCAAAACCAACCAGCCACCAAGCGAUGUCCACGUCCUUGCAGAGAAAAUUCGCCAAAGGAGUCCAAUAUAACAUGAAAAUAAUAAUAAAAGGCGACAGAAACGUAGGAAAAACGUGCCUCUUCCAACGUCUGCAAGGUAAAAAAUUCGUGGAAGAGUACAUUCCAACUGAUGAGAUCCAAGUAACAUCAAUUCAAUGGAAUUACAAGGCAACUGAUGACAUUGUUAAAGUGGAAGUUUGGGAUGUCGUCGAUCGCGGAAAAAAGAAAAAACGUUUUGACGGUCUCAAAUUGGAUAACACCCAGCUAGAAAUACCUGAGGAAACUGCACUGGAUGCAGAAUUCUUGGAUGUCUACAAGGGAACUAAUGGGGUCAUCAUGAUGUUCGAUUUGACCAAGACAUGGACAUUUGAUUAUGUUCAGAGGGAACUGCCCAAAGUUCCACCUCACAUUCCAGUCAUUAUUUUAUCCAACCAUUGUGAUAUGUCCCAUCAUCGAUCUGUUACUGCUGAUCAUGUCACUUUUUAUAUUGAAUCUAUUGCUGGUACCCGUUCGGCGCAAGUGCGCCAUUCCGAAUCUUCGAUGAGAAACGGCUUUGGUCUGAAGCUGCUGCACAAGUUCUUCAACCUGCCUUUCCUCCAGCUGCAGCGCGAAACGUUGUUGAAACAACUGGAACGGAAUCAGAUCGAAACGAACACCACGAUUCAAGAACUGGAUCUGUUCUGCGACUCGGACGACGCGAAUUACAGCAAGUUUUUGGACACGUUAACGAAAAAACGGCGCGAAGCUGCCGAUUCUCAUGCCAACAUUCCACCACCGCAAGUUAACAAUGCGGCGCCUCCGAACGUCAAUGCUGCAGGUCCGGAAAUAAAGCGAUCGCAAAGCGGGCCGAUUGUAAUCGGCGCGGGACAACCGAUUCCUUACGGCAACCUGAAUCAGGCCCUGAAACCGCCCAAUCCGACUCCUUAUGUUUCAAAGAGUUCGAGCAUGAGCAGCGGCUUUGUUUCCAAAGUGGGAGUCGAUAAUGGAGUUUCGGACUUUGUUCCCGACUUACGGAAACUCGAGAUUAGUCCCAUUACUUCGGUGGAGGAGUUUUGCCCUGACGGCGGGCAAUUGACCGGUUUCUUGGACGACGUGCAGUACAACGUGCAAAACAACGUCAAAGAAACAAUAAUCGAGUCCGACUCUGACACGGACACGGGAAAUCCGCUGGUGUCCGAGCUGCAAGAGGACUUGGACCCGGACGAGAUGGUCUCAUACCCGAAACCGAAGCCGGCGAAAAAGACUGAACAAACAGACAUGGAACAAGACAAGACUGUGGAAGACUACGACAUGAAACAGACGAUGGACGAGUUCGAUUCGACCAUCAAUUCGGAAAUUUCGGAGCUCACUUCGGAUGCGUACGACGGCUGGAUGGGGGCGGACACGAAAUGGAGAAGGUCUCCCGAAGGUGGUGAGGACGUGUCCGUCGUCAGUCAGACUCUGGAUUACAGCAACAGCACGGCUUACGACGACAGCACAAGCGUGACUUCGUCCAACGUUCAGAUGGAGUUGCUGAGCUCGAAACAGAGCGGCUCGAAUAACGGUAGCGUCCAGAGCGGCAGCGAGGAGACGCAGACGUCCAGCUCGUACAAGAAGGACGCGCUGAGGAAGAAGGACAGGGAAAAAACGGAACGUAAGAAGAAGAAGAAAAAGGACAAGGAGAGACAGCAGAAGGACUCGCGUCGCGGCGAAAGGAAGCGGGCUUCCAGGGACGAGUUGGAGGAGUUUUUAAACGGCAGUCCGAGUUCACCGAUUGAUGCGGCUUACGAGGCCAUAUAGCGCAUGCCCCAUCUAAUUCGGUACAAGUACGUCAUGGACUACUCUUAACUAGCAUUGCCUUUUAAACUUCCGACGGUGUUUCGCUUCAGUUAUGUUUGACUGUGAUUUUUAAGAAUAAAGUUCAAUUUAAAAUAAUAUGAUAAGAUAACAGCAUUAAAUUCAACAUUAAGCAAUUAAAACGGUAGUUUUUAUUUAUAUUUAUACAGUCAACUACAAACGUUACUUUUUAAAAAUCAUUGUCAAACAUUGUUGUUUAGAUCUUGGUAUUUCUAUUGAAAUUAGGAUCAACUCAGUGUGCAAUGCCAAUUAACAUAAUCGAUGUGCAGAAAUUUUUCAAGCUUUAAUUAUUACUAUUAUAUAUAAAAAAUGUAUUCAAUGUUAUUUAUUUUUUCUAUUAUCCGUAAUUAAAAUUUUAAAGUGCGGUUUAUAAAAAUCGGGGUCACGAUAUUUUCAUAGGAUCAUUUCACAUUUUCGAGUACCGCCUCGAUUUUUAUUUAUUGGCGUAUUUUUCAUGUUUAACUACUCAAAUCUCUUUGGAAUAUAUUUAUUAUUCUGUUGUUCUAUAUGUUGAAAUAUUGUAAUGUUAUUGGAAAUAAAUAUUAAUAAAACUA